AUGGCAGUCCUUCUGGUAGGCAGGGAGACGAGAUCACGAGAUCUUACGGUCUGCACCCCUUCAAGGUCGGAAAUCCCAGAAGUAAAGGACUGUGGUAUCUAUGCCCAAAAGGCAUCAAGUGGGUGUACCUCCACAGGUUUUGGGCAUGAGAACAUCGCGUCCAACGAGCUCAUCCUUGAGGGUGUCGAUCGCUACUUAAGCCGCGGGAAUAAAGCAUUCUCAUGUGGUCCGCUCGUCUCGCAUUCUACACAUGGUCGAAAACUCGAAGCGACGAAUAACACUAUCAAAAUUGAGGCUUGCAUACGCUUGCCCGUGCAUAUACGGUCUGACUCCGACUCUAUCAGACGACAGUUUCCUGCACUUGGUCAUGCAGGACGCCGCAUUUGCAAGAUGAGCACCUCACCGGAAGACCCCAAAGCUGACAUACAGUCGGCUAUCCGUUCAUGCGCAACCCCACAAGAAGUACCACGUUGCUCAGCAUCCGAUCCACAGCAAGUUCGCAUGGUCACUGCAUGCCAACUGCCUAGCCGUGGGACCCUGUUUUGUGACGAGUUUAAUAAUGGAGUCUUUAUCAGCCGCCAUUUGCGCCUGCGGAGAAUCAUCGGCAAACCCGUUAUACAAGGGAAGAAGUAUGCAGCCUCAUCACACCGCGACCUGAUGUUCAGUCGGAGAACGGCGCCACGUGCGGAAGAAACUAUAUGCACGUUUGCAGCCUCACAUUCUAUAACGUAG